UCCGCUUAUAAGGAUGUCCAGAGCUGGGGUUGAGCACAAAACGCAGGAGAAACAUUGGAGCAGCAGUGUGUGUGUGUGUGUGUAUACUGAUACAAGAACAUCCACAAUGAGAACUCUGAUACUACUCGGGCUAUGUGGCCUGGCUGCACUCUGUGCUGCAGACUCCUCAGAGUCCAACGAGAUUGACGAUGCCAUGUUCCUCAGGAGGAGAGAUGCCCAUUACUUCAUGAGACCGUCAAGGCCAAGCAACCCGUGGGAGAGGAUGCGCGCCAAGUCACCGUAUGAGCUGAACAGGGAGCAGUGUGAGGAGUUUCGCCCGUGUGACAUGCUCGCCCGGCAGAUCGGACACCGACAAGCCUACGGCAGGUUCUUCGGCAACGCCCAGCCACAGGCCAACGGCUACCGCCGGCAACGGUCCCACAGGCAGAGAGGCAGUCGCAGCCGGCAACACUACUACCGAUACUAGACACCGCACCGACACACGCACGCACGCACGCACGCUACACAGACGCACGCACUACAGUCACACACUACACACACUAUACACACACUAGACACAGCCAGACACAACACACACACUACACACAGUUAGAUACACUUAAGGACGUGUCUCACUAGGCCGUCUUUGCGUGUCCAGCAGAUGGCGCACGAAGAUUUUGUACAUCACAAAAUCCUGGGACGCCGCGCGCAACCGGGCGUCACUGCCUAU